GGUAAUCCACAGAAAUUGUAUCGGUGUGUGGAUUACCCUAAGAAACUAUCCCCUGCAGAGAGAAAUUACGACGUCGUGAUCGAGAGAUCCCGGCGGUGAAGUUGGCAUUAGAGGAGUGGAGACACUGGCAGGAGGGCGCCAAGGACCCAUUUGUCAUCCUCACCGACCAUUGGAACCUGGAGAACAUACGGACAGCGAGGGAUCUGAAUCCACUUCAAGCAAGGUGGGCCAUGUUCUUUACAAGAUUUGACUUGCCCAGGUUCAAAGAAUACCAUAGCCGGUGCCCUGUCCCAUCUCUACAAUUUGGGAGAGGAUCCUGUCCAGAAUGCACCCACAAUCCCUUCCUCUCGAGUUGUAGCUCCUGUGGUCUGGGAUGUAGAUGUGGACAUCCGCCAGGCUCUGGAGAGUGAGCCCACACCCACUACCUGUCCUCCUGAGCGCAUCUACAUUCCCACAGGGAUAAGGGAUUGGCUGCUGACCUGAGCGCACACAGCUGUCGUCGAUUGACAUCAAGGUAUUUCUCGCACUACCCAAUCCAUCUCCGAGAAGUAUUGGUGGCCUACUUUGGCGCAUGACGUUAGUCGCUACGUCAACUCCUGUCCUGUAUGUGCUCAGACCAAAUCUACCCGGCAUGCUCCAGCAGGGAAACUCCUUCCGGUGCCUCAGCGUCCCUGGUCUCAUCUAUCCAUUGAUUUUGUCACUGAUCUCCCCUCCUCUGACGGUUUCACCACCAUUUUGGUGGUUGUGGAUAGAUUUUCUAAAUCCUGUCGUUUCAUCCCUCUCUCUGGUCUCCCUACUGCUCUCCAGGUCGCUGAGGCACUAUUCCAGCAUUAUGGCCCUAUGGAAGACAUCGUCUCCGACCGUAGCCCCCAAUUCACAUCAUAGGUAUGGAGAGCCUUUAUGGAGAAGCUCAUGGUUGCAGUCAGUCUCACUUCCGGGUAUAGGCCUCAGUCUAACGGGCAGGUGGAGAGGAUGAACCAGGAGCUGGGGAGGUUCCUGAGGAGUCACUGCCAGGACUGGCAUGGUGCGAGGGCCAUCCUGUGCCACCAGUCAAUUGAUGGUGGAUGACCUUCUGACCCCGUGCUCGCCAGGUGACCCGGCUGCCAUAGAAUUGACCUGGAUGGAUGUGCCUAGCGCCAAGCUGCUGGAGCCCAUCAUCUGCAUGUCUGACAUGCUGCGCUCACUAUCCACCACGCAACCCACAGUCAACAUGGAGGUCUUGUUCAAGGUCAGGAAGUUCACAGAGGACUUAGAACAGGAGGGUUGAGAGGUCCUGGUUGGCAGGGGCUUUACUACUCCUUACUCAGUCUCUCCUAUCAAGACCCAACUCCAGUCAAAUAGUAGCUACAGUAUUACAACAGUAUUACAACACCACAAACCUGCAUUGGCAAGAAUGAUGGAGCAUUUUAACUUACACACAAUUGUGCAAUGGACUUUUUUUUCAUAUCCCAACUCCCUCUGAGACACCCACAAGUGCCUUAUUUUCCCACUUUGUCGGCUCCGGUAUUUGAGCCAGCAACCUUUCGGUAACUGGCCCAAUGAUCUAACCUUGAGGCUACGUGCCGCCCCUUAGUGGGUCUGCAGGGUGACUCCCCUAGUGGUUCUGGAACCCAGGUCAGCAGCACUACAUUCUUGUGUGUCUGUAUAGUUGAGGGUAUAUUGGCUUAGUAAUACUCAUUUCAGUUCUGGUCCCAGAGGGGAUCUCAAUACUGUUACACGUAGCCAUGAUA